GUGAAAGGGUCAUUCGACCCUCAAAGGGGUCGCGACCCACAGGUUGAGAACCGCUGCUCUAAUGUGUUUGAGGAGAUGGGACACUCACCAGCACUAAAGUUACAGGAUCGCCUGGAGUGGGUGGUGAAGGGGAAAAGGAGGCAACGCAUUAGAGGAAGCAAAUCCCGUGCUAGGUUUCAGACUGGAAAGCCCUCUGAAGGGAAGAAAUAUGACGAGAGGGCAUAGGACAGCUGUGCAGAGGGAAUGAGGAAGAGUAGGGAGUAGUAAUCCCAUUUUCUAGGUGAAGAAUUGCAGGUUCAUUGACUUGCCCAAAGUCACACUUGGAUAGCUAAGGGCCCGAAGAAAUAUAGUGGAAAAUGCAAAACAACGAAAUUAUAAAGCCUGCCAAAUACUUCUCAGAAUUGGAAAAGAGCAUCCUGCUUGCUUUAGUAGAAAAGUACAAGUAUGUGCUGGAAUGUAAGAAAAGUGAUGCGCGAACUAUUGCACUCAAGCAACGUACCUGGCAGGCACUGGCUCACGAAUACAACUCCCAGCCCAGCGUGUCACUGCGGGAUUUCAAACAGCUGAAGAAGUGCUGGGAGAACAUCAAGGCUCGGACCAAAAAAAUUAUGGCCCAUGAGAGGAGAGAGAAAGUGAAACGGAGUGUCAGCCCCCUUCUGAGCACCCACGUCCUAGGGAAGGAGAAGAUUGCCAGCAUGCUGCCAGAGCAGCUCUACUUCCUGCAGAGCCCUCCGGAAGAGGAGCCGGAGUACCACCCUGAGGCCGCAGCCCAAGAAUCAUUUGCUGUUUCAAAUAGAGAACUGUGCGAUGAUGAGAAAGAGUUCAUACAUUUUCCAGUAUGUGAGGGGACCUCUCAACCUGAACCCUCGUGUUCAGCUGUCAGAAUAACAGCCAAUAAAAACUACAGGAGCAAAACCUCUCAGGAAGGUGCUUUAAAAAAGAUGCAUGAGGAAGAACACCAUCAACAAAUGUCCAUCUUACAACUGCAGCUGAUACAAAUGAAUGAGGUGCAUGUGGCCAAAAUCCAGCAGAUAGAGCGAGAGUGUGAGAUGGCAGAGGAGGAACACAGGAUAAAAAUGGAAGUUCUCAAUAAAAAGAAGAUGUAUUGGGAAAGAAAACUACAAACUUUUACCAAGGAAUGGCCUGUUUCCUCAUUUAACCGGCCCUUUCCCAAUUCGCCCUAAGACUGUGAGGGUGGCUCCCUUGUAAUUAAUCUGUGUUGGCCAAGGAAGUCUGGAACAUGAACUCGCGGUCAGUAACCUGUAACAGAGCUACACCUAGGAAAAUUAGACUGGUAGUAGUCACUUAUUUAAGAAUACAUUCAGGUAAACAGCUGCACCCUGUGUACCCCUUAAGUGGCAAAGAAAGCUGUUACAGUCUUUUGAAAAUUAUCACUAUGAGUGCUAUAAUUCUGAAUGUAAUGUCUCUUAAUUAGAAUUCAUACAAGAACCAUGUGUGAGUGUUGUUGUUGUAUUUUUUUAAUUAUUUUUAUUUUUUAUCAAAUGCAAGUGUGACUAUAAAGGAGUGUGGCUGAUUUUUUUUUUUUUUUAAGUAGACAGCAGAACUUUUCUGUCCAAAUGAAUGCCCUCCCAUUGAAAGUGGCUGCUGGGAGCCCCCACACUUCUCCAGUGACGAAGCUGUUGCUCAGAACGCUUGCUAGCGGUCUGUAGGAAACCUCCCUGCGAGCUGUAGCACCUUGUUCAUUUUUUUCGGUGGCAUCCUUUGAGUGUGGAUUUUCUGAUUAUAAACAGCCCAACAUUCGGGAAGCUAUUUUCUAAUGUGGCUCAUGAACUGCCUUUUAAGGUCUUUCCCCAAAGAGGAGUUCAAAUGAUGUCACCAACAAAGGUAGCUCUGUUGGAACUAAGGAUGUAGCGACUGUGAGGGAGAAAUGUUCGUUUAGAUUUCUACAUUCUGUCAUGUUUGUUUUAUUAAAAAAAAAGACUUGCAAUUUUAUAGUCACACUGUGUACAUUUUUUCAAGGUGCUGCCUUCCCUACUGUGCUCCAGUUUUUGCCUUCCCUCCGUACUACUGAGUUAAUGGUUUCCCUCAUUUUUCAUCUUGAGCCACUUAAGGAAAGGCCCUUCCCUCCCCAUGUUCCUGGUGCGAGCUAAUAGUAAGGCUACGCGGUUUACAUUAUGCGGUUAGCAUUGGGCUUGUUAGGAAUCCAUUACCAACAUAUUUGGAAAUAUGGUUUCAUAAAUGGAUGUUUUGGUGAAGCUGGGAUAUAGCUUCUCCUGCAGCCUAGGGAGCUGGGCACAGCAGUAGCUGGCAGAAGCAAAGUGACACUUGCGUGCCAAAGCAGGUCAGCGACUUCUGAGAAUGAAAUGUCAAGGCCAUGUGGUGGGGAAGGACCAGUAUGUGCGCAGAGGUUACACACACAGGGCGUGGAGGACGAGGAGUCAGGGUCUACAUCCUGAGCUUGUUCUGCCUCAAGGGCUCUGUGACCUUGGAUGACUCCUUUUCAUCCCGGGCUGUGGUCUUUCCUCUCCAUAAAACAAGGGAGUUGGCCUAGAUAAUGUUCAGAAUCUGCUACAACUCCUUGACUAUAGUGUGGUCUGCGGUCUUGGGUGGGUACCACUAACAUCAUAAUUGUCAGGGCAUGGGUCAACAGGGAGUAACUGUUUACUGCAUUGGCUAAGCGUCCCUCCUUUGUAAAUCUGGAAUUUGGGUUUUCAGGGACUUUUAAGUUCAGUAAGGUACACAUAUACUUGUAAUUUAUGCACUGCAUAAAACUUAAAUGGAUAUCAAUUUAUUUUAUACAUUGAUCAUAUUUUCAAUAUCUUGGAGGAACUGGCUAUUUAAAGAAACCCUGUGAAGACUGGUCUUCUUUGAAAGGAAGGCUCCUUUGGUAAGGAUUUGUGUUCUUAACUUAGUUUUUACCAAAUGGACCUUUCGGUGAAGAAGCACCUGGAUUAACGUCCCAAACUUCAGUGGUUAAUGGCAGACAGAACUUGCCUCGGCCUGCCGUCUCACCCUCUCGGGAACACAGGUGUGAACUCAGACAAGUUCGCCUUUGCUUCCCUUGUGGAUCCAUCUGGAAAUCUUGUUAAUACGCAGAUUCUGGAGUGGGGCCUGAGAUGGGGCGUUUUUUACAAGCUCCCAGGAUGUGCCAGUUCUACUUGUCUGGUCACCACACUACUGUGUAGCAAUGUUUUAGAGGACUCUGUGCUGUUUUUAUGUAUUCUAAAAAAAAAAAAAAUUGGGGUGUUAGGUACAUUUUUGUGUACAGCAGUGUGCUGGGUAUUAUUCUCAAAGAAUUCACCACUUAAGCACACCAA